CGCGCCUCUCUUUUCUCUCUCCAGCUCUAGCGGAUCUUAACGAAGGACACUUGUGGCACAGAGAUGAGGACUCAUAUGCACAGGAGGCUUUUGUGUUUGUCAGAUGUCCGUGAAAACGUUUAAAUAUCCUCUUAUGAACACUAGCGUUGGAUUUUCAAACUUCGGAAAGACCCUGACAGUGCACAGAUGUGCUGAUUUGAACUAAACCCAGAGCCUUUACGAACGCGACUGAUCAUCCUUAAGAAACAAUCAGGCCUGACACACACAAAGAGGAAGACCAAAGGACAGAAGACAAAGACUAGAGGGCAGUGUAGAAAGUAAAGGUAGAGGAAAAGAAAAUACACAAUGGACCAGUUACCUAUGGAUUCUACAACAGUGGAUGAGUUGGUGGAUGCUUGUAUACAAUCUUUCGACAAUGAUGGCACAAUAAAAGGCUCCUCGUUUGUGAGAAUGUUUCUGAUGAUGCAUCCUUGGUACAUAUCUUCCACCGAGCUGGCCAAGAAAUUGCUGCUAAAAUAAGAGGAGGACAGCACUGAUGAGAUCAGAGCCAAAAUAUGCCACCUCGUAAAGUACUGGAUUUCUGAAUUCCCAGUAGAGUUUGAUCUGAAUCCUGCUUUGGCUGACCAGAUUAAAGAUCUGAGAGAGAACCUGAAUUCUGGUGGUAAUGAAUCCCAGGGUCAACUUAUAGAUGUAGAGAGUGUGCCGUCGUAUAAAUGGAAACGACAAGUGACCCGGAGAGUUCCAUCAAUGUCAAAAAAUAGAAAGAUGUCCCUUUUGUUUGACCACCUGGACCCCUGUGAGCUUGCUGGACACCUGACUUAUCUGGAGUACAAAUCCUUCUGCAAGAUCCUGUUUCAGGAUUACCACAGCUUCGUGAUGCAUGGAUGUACAGUGGAUAACCCUAUUCUGGAGAGAUUUAUUACACUUUUUAACAGUGUCUCACAAUGGAUUCAACUGAUGGUACUGAGUAAACCCACUGCCCCACAGAGAGCCGCUGUGAUUUCACAAUUCAUACAGGUCGCACAGAAACUACUGCAGUUGCAGAAUUUUAACACUCUGAUGGCUGUGGUCGGCAGUCUCAGUAACAGCUCCAUCUCUAGGCUGAAGGAGACGGAGGCACACAUCAACAAUGAGACCAAAAAGAUCUUUAACAGUUUGGUAGACCUGGUGACCUCUUGUAGUAACUACAGUCAGUAUCGGCGCCGAUUCGCUGAGUGCACUGGAUUUCGCUUCCCAAUUCUGGCUGUUAACCUCAAGGACCUGAUAGCUGUUCAUGUCGCUCUGCCAGACUGGAUGGACUCAGAGAAGACUCGUGUCAACUUGGCUAAAACACAGCAACUCUAUGCAAUCCUUCAGGAACUAGCCCUCGUGCAGACCACUCCCCCUAACAUUGAGGCCAACACAGACUUGCUCAAUCUGCUCACGGUGUCACUGGAUCAGUACCACACAGAAGAAGAAAUUUAUCAGCUCUCGUUACAGAGAGAACCCAGAGCUGCAAAACCAGCGAACUCAGGUUCCUCCCCCAGCCAAGCUCCUAAGCAACCUUCGAUGAUUGACGAGUGGACAGCAUCAGUGAAGCCUAAAGCUGAUCCUGCUAUUAUCAGCAAACAUAUCGAGAAGAUGGUGGAUUCUGUGUUUAAGAAUUUCGACACGGACCGUGAUGGGUACAUCUCACGUGAAGAGUUUGAGUGCAUCAGGAAUAACUUCCCUUAUCUCAGCAAGUUCGGAGAGCUUGAUAAAGAUCAGGAUGGAAAGAUCAGCAUGGAAGAGAUGAUAGAUUAUUUUAUGAAGGCAAGUUCUCUGCUCAACUGUCAGAUGGGCUUCAUACACAGCUUUACAGAGACCACAUAUUUGAAACCCACCUUCUGUGAACACUGCACCGGCUUUAUAUGGGGCUUGUAUAAACAAGGAUACAAGUGCAAAGCUUGUGGGGUGAACUGUCAUAAAGCAUGUCGUGCUCGCCUGGUGGUCGAAUGCCGUAAAAGAACGAAGAGCAUCAGUCACGAGACGCCGCCGUUAUUACAGUCCAGAUCCCACAGCUUUCCUCUGGCCAGCAGUGCUCAGUCAAACCUGCAGAACACAGUGAUCACAGAGGAGGACAUUGAGGCUGUUGAACAGGGAGUAUUUGACUCUCACCUUUAAACAGAUUCACAAACUAUCAACAUGUCAGCAAAGAGCUUGAUUUUGGGGCAAAUUCUUCCAAGCACACUUUCCCCUAAUCAAUAUUGGAGUGAAAACUGAAGCUGAUCAGAGUCAGGAUAGGUGCCAGAUUGUGGGCUAGAAUAUUCACCGACCAUCACAGUCUGACUCCCAUCAUGAGAUUCUGCCAUCUGCUGGAUUAAAGCUGCAACUUCCGAUCACCUCUUCCCUUCUGCAUCUGAAUGUAAUUGCAAACAUAAUUCUGGGAUUUAUCAUUAUUACCCCAGGCUCUUUGAGUGGCCUUUUAAAUAUAAACAAGCAUAGUAAAGAAAAAUAGAUACAAAAGAAGGGGGAAAUGAUUCAUGAGACAUAUGACUUUGGUGACCUUAAAGAAGUGCAAAUGUCUAUGUGGUCGUGUUCUGAGAUGUCCUGAGAAAUGUUGGUAGCACUUUACUAUUAGCUUCUGUUUGGUUCUAUAAGCUAACAUUACAGUAUUUAAUGCAUUAGGUAUUAUGAACUAUUUUACAGCAUUUAUUAAUCUUGGUUAAAUGUUAAGUUACUAAUGUUAACAAAUUCACGAAUUCAACCUUAUUGUGUUACCGAAAUGUUUCUUAAAAUAAGAAUUACUGUAUUAGUAAGUUCUUUUUUAUGAACGAAUGCCACUAAACUGAAGCAGGACUUGUGGCUGAAUUUCAGUGUAAACUGUCAUAGUUGGGAUAGAUCUGGUCAUGUGUGUGUGUGUGUGUGUGUGUGUGUGUGUGUGUGUGUGUGUGUGUGUGUGUGUGUGUGUGUGUGUGUGUGUGUGUGUGUGCCUGAUGUAUAGUUGAUAUUGUGUUCUUUAACACUCUGAUGCAUGAAUUAUCAUAUCAAAAAGAAAAAAUACCUUCAUGUUUUUUUAUACUUCAAUACAAUAAGUUAACAAUUGUCAUUUUUUAAGAGAUGUGUCGACUUGGUGUAUUUUUCAUCAGCCAUGUUGACUUUAUGUUGUCAUAAGUAAAAAGCGGACAGUAAUAUACCUGUAUAACUAUGAAGAAGAGAUAAAGGUUUAUUGUUUGGAUACAACUUUGCACCCUGAAUGGUUAAAAUUGGCUUUAUAAGAUCUGUCCACUGUAGUGGACACCAUGCAGAGUACUAAAUGUCAUAGUUCAGCUAUAUGUGCAUAAUUGAUGAAGGUGAGCUGGAUGAAUCUUUGUGUUGUUGAGAGUCUUGUGAAAACAUUUAGCAUGUAAUCACAAUAAAUGCCUGACAUCAUCAUGGUAUUUAUUUUUUUUUCUCUUGCUGAUGUAAUAAACUAGAGAUUUUUUUUUACAUAUUUAAAUGAAUGGGUUAGAUCACAUAUGUCAUAUACAUACCCUCAUGUAAUUCCAAACCUGUAAGAAUUUCUUUCUUCUGUGGAAGACGAGGAGAAAUGGGGUGACGUUAAUAUUUUUAUUUACUUAUUUUUUCAUACAGUAUAACACGCUUUCAGGCUCUGUCUCAUGCCAAAUGUGUGAGAGUUCAUCCUGAAUAUUCACUUAUAAGGGACUGAGGCUAUAACGCUAAUGCACUAACAUGCUACACACGGCCAUAAUAUGACGGCUACUACUGCAAAGAUGAGUGUAUAAAAGUGUUAAUGUUCAUAAUGCAGAGAAAAGAAUGGUGAUAGAGGCAUAUCUUAUUUUGGGCAGAUGUGUGUAUUGCUUUCGCUGCUGCUGGCACAUGAUUGAAUGGGCACUUGAGAGUAUUUGAGUAGAUUUGAUUCCUUUUGUAGACAUGAAAACGCAUGAUAUGUUCUUGGAAAAAUGUGUCGUUGCAAAUGUUCGUACUGAUGUACAUUUGCAUGCUAAUUCUGCACGCCGGUGUGUUCAUGUUGAAUACUGAGUGAACUAUGUAAACAAAGUAUUAUGUGGAACUCUAGGUCACACCUACAGAUGACAUGGACCAAUGGCAGCAAGAAAGUGUUUCGCUGUUGGUUCAAAGUUUUCCUAAAACUUCGCCCAGGCGAGCCGUUACGAACCACUGAAACGAACGCAAAUACACCUUCGUUUUGGCCAGAUUUUGUUCUAAAUGACAUCAUACCCCUUCAUUUUUCGUAUCAAGUAUAUCGGGGCCUUAAUACGGGUUUAGAAAAAUGUGAGGGUGGGUAAAUGAUGAUAGAAUUUGUGCCAACUAUCUUUUUAAAGCUGAAGUAUGUAAUUUCAGCAACACUAGCGCCACCAAAUGGAUCUUCAAAAAUAAACAAUGUUUAUUUAUCAGCUUUCUGAAUAUACCCAUCAUCUGCCGUGAUCAUGAGCGUAGAUUUGGUUUGUACAUUUGGGGGUGGGUGUUGUACUGGCUGGUCUUGAUUAUUGAGGGGGUUACCAACCCCCAUCCCCCCAUAAUCUGCACCCAUGUCCAUGAUCAAUGAACACAUAGCCCCAACCAAUGGUGUUACAUUACCCAAACAAUGGUGUUAGUUGGGGUGGGGCUAUGUGUUCUUUUGAUCAGCCAGGGGCCAUGUCGCUCAAAACAAACAAGUAUUUUUUACUGCACCAGAGACUGUGUACAGUUUUCAAGAAAACCUAUGAAAGGUUAACACUUAUAGAUGUCUCUGCAUAAUAAGCUGGGAUAGAAGAAAGUAUUUUAACACUGCAAAAGUUACAUACUUCAGCUUGAAGAUCUCAAGGUGCUCUUGUGUUUGUGCAGUUCAAAUGAGGUGGAAUGUCCCUUUCAAAAACCUGCCUUGAGGUCCAUGCUUCAGUCAAAAAUACUGAACAUCAUGUCUCUGUUGUGUCAUUUUUGAGUUUCAUUUGUAUUAUUAUUAUGUGUUGUAGCAUUAGCUGUUGAGACGUAGUGUUUUCCAAGACUUAUCAAUUCUAAUAACUAAAGUCAAUGUCUGAGAAACUCUUGAAAUGAGUCUAGGAAAUAUAUUAUAUCUGGCAUGUAUUCCUGAUUGUAUGCAAAUCAACUGAGAUGUUCUUUUCAAAUAUCCUAUGCUGUUUCCAUUUGCUGUUUUGUUUUUGCAUAACUGUAACAAAUUGAUGUACAUUUUACAGCACAUUUUUACAUUAAUAUCCUGUAUUCUGUUAUUACAGUCUGUUAUUGUAUUUUGCUAUGAACUCUGGGAGAUGUCAGCUCUUAACUGUUUAUUAUGGAAUAUACAACAAAGUGUUAAAAAAGAAACAUUUCUUUGAAGAUGUAAAAAGGUAGCAACAACGCAGAACUAAUUGUGAACUAUUA